AUGGAUACCAAUCAGAUCAGCAACCCAGAAUUUUUCACGCCGGAGUCGCGGGCGCCUAUAGUCAUUGGCGUUGCUACUUUCCUCAUGAUGGGCGCAACAUCUGCAGUAGGACUGCGUUUCUAUACCCGAAAAGUUAUAUUGAACCAACUGGGCAUUGACGACUGGCUGUCGUUGGGUGCCUUGUUCUUCGCGCUGGCCACUGGAAUUAGUCAAUGUUACCUGACACAGCAAGGCCUUGGCCGACACAUAGGCACCUUGCCGCAACCAGACGGUUUCAUGAAUUACAUGAAGGCUAGCCUCUGA